AUGUUGGGUUGCCCGGCGGACGAAACCUUUAGCUCGUUGCACCUUCAUUGCUCCACUACGAUCCCCUCUUUCUCGACGGAUGGGAGCGCGCUGGCAAAUUCGGUGAUAACCGCCGCGCAGCGGUCGCCCGAGUUCGACAACCAACUCACGAACCCCGACCGACCCGAUGGGCCCAAGGAAAGCGCAAAAACCGUCUACGACUACCAAGUCUUGGAUAGCAAUCAAGAGCUUUACGAUCUCGCGCAGCACAGGGGCCAGGUACUUCUGAUAUGCAACGUCGCCACGCGGUGUAAGGAGUAUGCGGAGAAGGCAUUCACCAUUCUCAACACCCUCCAGCACCGCUACCACGAUCGUGGGUUCACCGUACUGGCCUUCCCAUGUAAGCAAUUCGGCACGAGCGAGCUCGGGGGGGAGGAGGAGGUUGCCCAGACGGUGUCGAGCCUUUACCCCGGCAUCGGCGAUAUCACGUUUCCGAUUCUUUCUAGAGUGGACGUGAACGGUUCGUAUGAGUCGCCGUUGUACACCUACCUGAAGUCUUGCCUCAAAGGAACGAUGCGGCAAACUUCCAUUAAGUGGAACUUUACUUAUUUUUUGAUUAACAGACAAGGGGUUCCGGUGGCGCGGCUUCCUCCGGAGACGGAGAUGGAGGAUAUGGAGGCCAGAGUGAAGGAGGCGCUUGGCAUACCAUCAUCCCAAAACAGCUAG